UCUCCUCUUUCAAAACACUUCUUUUCUCUUUCCUCUAAGAAAAAAAAGGUAACAAAUCAUCAAGGAUAUGGCAGCCGGAGCAUUGAUCAAGGAAGAAGAGACGUCCAAGGUGAAAAUCACCGGAAAAACCCACGUGAAGCCUGGGAACAUCAUAGGAAGAAAAGAAUGUCAAUUGGUCACAUUUGAUCUCCCAUAUCUGGCAUUCUACUAUAACCAGAAGUUGCUGUUUUAUAAGUGUGAGGGGUUUGAGGAGAAGGUGGAGAAACUCAAGGAUGGGAUGAGGGUGGUUUUGGAGGAGUUUUAUCAGCUGGCAGGCAAGCUCGGAAAAGACGAAGAAGGGGUUUUCCGGGCCGAUUACGACGACGAUAUGGACGGCGUUGAGGUGUUGGAAGCUGUCGCCGAAGAGAUCGCUGUGGACGAACUCGCGGCGGAUGAAGGCACGAGCUCUCUCAAGGACUUGAUACCCUACAAUGGUGUCCUCAACUUGGAGGGCUUACACAGGCCUCUACUGUCAGUGCAGUUAACGAAGUUGAAAGAUGGAGUGGCAAUGGGGUGUGCGUUCAACCACGCCGUCCUGGAUGGAACCUCGACCUGGCAUUUCAUGAGCUCCUGGGCUCAAAUCUGCAGUGGCUCCACCAACUCAGUUGCCGUGCCACCGUUCCUCGAGCGGACCAAAGCUCGAAACACCCGAGUGAAACUGGAUCUCUCACUCCCACCCAACCCAAUCGCUGCCUCUAAUGGCGGUGCACACCAACUCAGGGAGAAACUCUUCAGGUUUCCCGAAGCUGCCAUCGACAAGAUCAAGUCCAACGUCAACUCCAACCCGCCAACCCCAGGCUCCAAACCAUUCUCCACUUUUCAAUCUCUAGCCGUCCACAUUUGGCAACAUGUCUCCAAAGCACGCAACCUUAAACCCGAAGACUACACAGUAUUCACAGUCUUUGCAGAUUGUCGGAAAAGGGUUGACCCUCCAAUGCCGGAAAGUUACUUCGGCAAUCUCAUACAAGCCAUCUUCACUGUCACGGCUGCCGGGCUAUUGCUGGCGAACCAGUUAGACUUCGGUGCAUCGGUCAUACAGAAAGCCAUCGAAGCACACGAUGCUAAGGCCAUCGAGGAACGUAACAAGGAGUGGGAAGCCGCUCCAAAGAUUUUCGAGUUCAAAGAUGCUGGUGUCAACUGCGUGGCUGUCGGGAGCUCGCCGAGGUUUAAGGUUUACGAUGUCGAUUUCGGGUGGGGAGAACCGGAAGGCGUGAGGAGCGGAUCCAACAACAGGUUCGACGGGAUGGUUUAUCUGUAUCAAGGGAAGAGCGGAGGAAGGAGCAUUGACGUGGAGAUCACCUUGGAAGCUGGUGCGAUGGAGCAAUUGGAAAAAGAUGAAGGCUUUCUGAUGGAAGUCUAGUUUUUUUUUCCCCCUUCUUCAAAAGGGUGCCAUUUUCACAUUCAUUCUGAUCUUAUAGAAAGCUUAAAAAAGAAUGAAUGAUCUCUAUGAAUGUGAAACUAGUUUCCACCCUUCAAUAAUUUCUGUGUUUAUUUUUCAGUGUUGAAGGUAAGGUUCAGGGCAGAGUUGCUUGAUUUGUUAGUGUGAUGUAAGAUUUUUAUGUUUGGAUUGACGUGUUGUUAAUGCUAGUGUGAUGUAAGCUUUUUAUGUUCGGAUUGACGUGUCGUUAAUGCUUUGUACGAGUGUUUUUUUUAAUGGAAUUUAAUAAUUGGUUUUCA